GACAAGCUAGUCAGUCCCUCUCCGCUAUUGCUAACCAAACUGCGGAACUACACCAGCGACACAGACCCGUUGUUCGUCAUUUGUAGCUUGAAGUUGAGGUGCAGCGUGAAACCCGAAGGCCUUCCUUAUCGAUCACUCUUUGGAGUCGCUUAUCGACUGCAGCGCAGAUUGCAAACGAGAACAAUCACAAGUUGCUUGUUAAGUUAAUGUUAGCUAGUUGCGUCGUUUGACAGCUAAGGCUAACUAGCUAAUCUAAUUGGUAUUCGACGUCAGUUUCAAAACAAAGCCCGCACAACCGAGAAGUUGAGACUCAGCUGUCACCUCCAGAGUAGCCUGCUACAAAACAAGCUAGCUGGGUUCAAGUCUGUCAACUGACCGAAGAUAAAUCGCGCAGUUCAGAUAAUGUUUGAUACACUCAGUUAAUGCCUAAUUAACGGUAUUUCCCUGACGUGAAGGCUAAGUUAUAGGAGCUGUCAGCUGGUUUUGCUGUGACGCGUUUGAACUUAUAAACUAAUCCAGCAGCUAGCGUUGAGCUACGUGGUUCUGCAAAACCAGGCUCAAGUUUUCUUUAAAUCUUGGAUUUAAAUGUCCGAAAAGAGUUCAUCGUCCGGUUCGGAUGAGGAUGUGGACCCGGAAUCCGGGCAGCCUGUGGAGCUUGGAGGCGUUUUAAGCAAGUGGACAAAUUACAUACACGGAUGGCAGGAUCGCUGGGUCGUGUUGAAAAACAAUACCUUGAGCUACUACAAGUCCGAAGAUGAACGGGAAUACGGCUGCAGGGGGUCCCUGUGCCUCAGCAAGGCUGUUAUCACACCGCAUGAGUUUGACGAGUGUCGUUUUGACAUCAGUGUGAACGACAGUGUUUGGUACCUCAGAGCUGAAGAUCCCGAGCACAGACUCCAGUGGAUUGAGUCGAUAGAGCUGCACAAGGCCGAGUCUGGUUAUGGUUCAGAAACCAGUCUCCGGCGUCAUGGUUCCAUGUUGUCUCUCACCUCAGCAGCCAGUGCCUUGUCCGCCACAUCCACAUCUUCCUUCAAGAAGGGGCACAGGUUGCGUGAGAAGUUAGCAGAAAUGGAAACCUUCCGGGACAUCCUGUGCAGACAAGUGGACACCCUGCAGAAAUACUUUGACUCCUGUGCUGACGUCGUCUCUAAAGAUGAAUUUCAGAGAGACAGAGAAGUAGAGGAGGACGAAGAGGACUUUCUGACCACUACAAGACCGGAUGGUGAAUUCAAUCACAACAACAAUGGCAGCAAAGAGAAAUUGUUUUCUCCUGCCAGUCCCAAAGCUAUGAAUGGAAUAGACUUUAAGGGUGAAGCCAUCACCUUUAAAGCCACCACAGCAGGCAUCCUGUCCACCUUGUCCCACUGCAUCGAACUGAUGGUCAAACGAGAGGACAGCUGGCAGAAGAGAAUGGACAAGGAGCUAGAGAAGAGGCGGAGGGUAGAAGAUGCCUACAAGUCUGCUGUGAAUGAACUGAAGAAAAAGUCACACUACGGAGGCCCGGACUAUGAGGAGGGGCCUAACAGUCUGAUCAAUGAGGAUGAGUUCUUCGAUGCGGUGGAAGCUGCACUGGACAGACAGGACAAGAUCGAGGAGCAGUGCCAGUCAGAGAAGGUCAGGAUACCGCGACUCACUCCAGUUCCUCCAGGCGACGCCUACUCCACCAUCGGUACACACCGAUUUGCAACCAAGCCCCAUAGCCAUUCUUCUUCCCUGUCCUCCGUUGAGCUAGUCAGUGCGUCAGAUGACAUUCACAGAUUCAGCGCUCAGGUGGAGGAGAUGGUGCAGAAUCAUAUGACUUACUCUCUUCAGGAUGUGGGCGGAGAUGCAAACUGGCAGCUGGUAAUAGAAGAAGGAGAGAUGAAGGUAUACAGGAGAGAAGUAGAGGAGAACGGUAUUGUGCUGGAUCCUCUCAAAGCUACACAUGCUGUGAAGGGGGUGACCGGACACGAGGUCUGCCACUACUUCUGGGACACGGCUGUCCGAAUGGACUGGGAGACCACCAUUGAAAACUUCAACGUUGUGGAAACGCUCUCUGAUAACGCCGUCAUUGUUUACCAGACGCACAAGAGAGUGUGGCCGGCCUCUCAGAGAGACGUGCUCUAUCUGUCAGCCAUCAGGAAGAUCUUGGCAACAAAUGAAAAUGAUCCCGACACAUGGCUGGUCUGCAACUUCUCUGUGGACCACGACAAUGCCCUUCCUACAAACCGGUGCGUUCGUGCCAAAAUCAAUGUUGCUAUGAUCUGCCAAACGCUGGUCAGCCCACCAGAAGGUGAUAAAGAGAUCAGCAGAGACAACAUCCUUUGUAAGAUCACCUACGUUGCCAAUGUAAACCCAGGAGGCUGGGCUCCUGCGUCAGUUCUCAGAGCCGUGGCCAAGAGAGAGUAUCCCAAGUUCCUCAAACGCUUCACUUCCUACGUCCAGGAGAAAACUGCUGGAAAACCUAUCCUGUUCUGAGCACAAAGAGGCUGGCAGAGGGCCCAGGUCGCCCACAGGAGAGACUACAUUGCUCAGCGUUGAACCGGCUUUCAAAGACUACAUGGCCCAUUCACCUGUCAAUUUGAAUGUGUUUUCAAACUACUACGUGCAGGACACUCUAUAUCAUCCGGGACAUGCCAUGGGGGCACCUGCUUGUAGAAGAGACUGGUUUUACGGCUUUAAUCCAUCAGUAGUUGUCAUCCCAGCCACGCUGUCAUGGCGUACACACCAUCUGUUGGUCAUGGGUACAUUUGUAUGUAAACUCAAGAGUUUCCUAAGUGGUUUUUGACUUCUUGUUACCGAUUAUUUGCUUUUUUUUGUAAAUUGUUUUGUACAUUUCUUAUGAUUACAAUCUUCUUCUUGAAUUUUUUUUUUUUUUUUGGGGAGGGGGGGGGUUCGCUUCAAUCACUAGUAUUACAGCUACUUGUUUUGCUGCUGCUAAAGUAACUACCACGAGAGAGGAAAGUAGAUUUUGACAGGAAAUGCAUUGAUGAGGUGUGGUACAGUAUCUCCUCUUUCUUGCCUUCUCCUGUCCCUCUGGUGAUGACUCUCUUUGCAGUUUGAUGGGGGGGCCAGAGCCUAAAGCUUUGAAAUCUUUAUAUUUCUAGAUUGUUAUAAAGUAGCUUUCAGAGAGCUCCAGGGACACAAUGUAUUGUACAGAGAAAAAAAAACAGUUUACCAAUGUGAGAAAUGUGAAUUGACUGUUAAAUGCUUGAAUUUGAUGGGCCAAGGAAACCUGAAGUGGGAGAUAAAGAGCAUUUGCUAAGUCUAAAGUCACGUUGGAUAAUAUUUUUGACACGGUUGAAGUUAUAGUCAAUAAUUGGAUAUUAAUGAUGUAGUUGACUGUGGUUUAUAGAUGCUAAGCUGCGGCCUGUUGUCGGUGUGUAUCUGUCUUUAACCUUCAUGUAACACACUGUUUCUGACAGAUAUUUGCAAACGGCCAGCCAUAGUGUCUGAUGUACAGAUUCCUCUCUUUCAUUGAGAGACGAGUGGAAAUAUUUUGUACACCCAAAGUUGUUUUUUCACCAUUUUCAGCCCCUGAUGAGGCAGAAAGAAAAACUGUCUGUGCAUUCAUGAGUGUCAGGUUUGUAAAUUAGUCCCGCUGCUAUUAUGCAGGAAAGUUGUAAAACCUUGAGUAGGAAAUCAUCUACACCCUAGACUCUUAAGUCAAACUCUAAUAUUACAUUUCACUCGCCACACUACAGUGCAGUGGCCUCCUGCCCUUUGACUGAUAAACUACC